CGAAUGCCUCUCCUCUUUUUCUUUUCUUUCCUCGCGGGCGCGUACGUAAAAUUUACGAUGCGUACGCACGCAUCCGGGCUGAUUUAUUUCAUUUACAUACGCGGCAUAAGUUACAGGCGGCGAAGCGGACGGAACGAAGAGUCGGGCGAAACGAUCGCGGCCGAAUGAAAUAUUAAUCUGUGACGUAAAUCUCACGAAGCGCAAUCUCUAUCGAGACGCGAAUUUUACAAUUUAUUAUACAGAGCGUAUCCUAGACGUUAAUUAAGCCGGGUGAUCUUGUCACAAAAAUGUCGUGAUCACGUUCCUGACUCGCAAGCGACGAAAGCGGUGCUUCUUAGCUACAGCGUAAAAAUGUAUUUUCUUCUUCUUUUCCACCAGAGCUUUCUUAUUCACCAGUCGAAGCGUUUGCGUUGAUAUUUGCGACAAAUCGACAAACAGCGAAUUUCCGUUUCGAUGAAAGAUUCCUUCAUGGAAGAACGUCAUGCCGAUGCAGGAAGCGACAAACCUUGCGCGGACACGCUACAAGGAAGAUACGUGUACCUCUCAAUUAAACAUCUGUCGCAAUGCCCGACGAAGAGAGAUGAGUAUUUUGUUGUUGUUGAAUGUUCCAGAAUUUGGUUUUUUUGUUGCUCUGUGGGUCACUUGUUUUUCAGUAAACAGGAAGCACCCCAUGGGCGUUUGUUUUCGAUGAGACCUCUUCUAUAUCAGGAGUGCGAUAUGCCACAAGCUAGUUCGGCCUCCGUCGCAUUCAGUGAAUCAUUACGAUAAUGACGACGACACUGAGAUUACAAUGUCUUAUUAUUAUUGGCCUCAGCUUACAACCGAGAUUCUCUCACGGUUUUCCGGUCAAUGGGUCACCAUACUACGGAGUUAAAAUAGUUACGCACGGCGAGCCGUGUCACACGCCGCAUUAUCUGCCUGUCAAGAUUGAGGUACCCGCGCAACCUGUGGAAGAGUCCAUACCGCAAGAAUUCUACCAACCGCUCAAGUUGAGCUAUCAGACGUUCGGUCUGCCGCCUCCAUCACAAUACUUAUAUCCAAUCUCCCAGUAUCCAAUCUCUAUAGAAAUGCCCCCCGAAGCGCCGUCUCCGAAAGUCCCUUCCUGCAAAGUUUCGCUUCCUACAAAGUCGUACGAAUACAACGUUCAGAUACCACCGCCGCCGACCGAACAAAUCCCGAUUAGCUACGAUUUCGAUUUACAAGUGCUUCCGCCGAAUCCAACGACGGCGAUGCCAGAGGAACCUCUUAAAUACAUAACGGGACUCACCAGCAGAAUCGAUAGAAUUCUAGUUCCCGCUUGUGACGAGCCAUCCUGUAACUGUAAAAUUUAUGAAGCUUAAACUUACGCUCAAUAAGUCCGUAAUACCUUUUGUGUUGUGUGAACAAUAAAGUACGUGAUAUUCCCAACGCAAGGGAAAUCAAUAAAGAAAUCUGAUGAA